AUGGAGACUUCAAUGAGAUUUGGAUUGAUGGCUGUAUUUGCUGUAUCUGGGAGCAUGGUCUUGUUGGUUCAUCAAGUCCACAAGCGCCUUCUCUCUAACUUCAUGAAGAAAUUUGAGUUUGAAAUGGGUGUCCUAUGCCCACGUGCCAAAACUAAUCUCACAGGGUGCAAGAAAAACCAAGAAAAGAAGAAGGUGCGGUUUGCAAAACAAGUGUUAGAAGUUCCAAUAGAGAGCAGAGGUUGUUGUCGUAGAAAAAUCACAUCGUCACAAUUGUCUUUCUUGGCUGAGGAGGUUUCUGUUUUGGAGAACAUUCAAAAAUGGAGGCGUGGCCCAAGUUUAGAGGACACCAUGCCUCCUAACAGGGCAGCUUUAUAUAGAGGGAUUCUCAAAUGUAAGAAGGGAAGAUUUCGAUGUUAA